AUGAGUGGCAUCAAAAAAGAAGAUGAUGAACAACAGCAGCAGCAGCCGAAGCAACAACAACGACAUGAGGGGGUUCGAAAAGAAGAGGGUGGAAUAAACAAGAAGGAGGUGAAGAAUGUAGUAUUUCCAUCAGACAUUAAAUUAAUAUAUGGAAGUUUAUCAAAAGUAAAAAAAAAAAAAUCCUGGAAAAAAAUUGGAAAUAAGUAUACUACUUUAUUUAACAAAAAUAUGUAUAACGUUGUGAUGUUAUACUAUGAAUUAUAUUUUUAUAAUAAUAUUGAUAAUUUUGAAAUUGAUGUAAACUUUUACGAGAUUUAUAAGGAUCUGAUAUGCUUAAUAGACGAGCUCUUUAGUUUGCACAAUGAGGACAUAGAGAAGGAUAAGAAGAUGAAUAGUCGUAGUCAUAGUAGUAGUCGUAGCGGUAAUAAUAAUACCAACGAAAGAAUGGAGAAAGGAGUAGAUGAUGUCGUUCAUACGUUGUGCGAUGUUUUAGAUUAUAAAUUUUUACAAGGGGAUAGUAAUACUCUAUAUUUAAAUUUUAAAAAAAUGAAAAUGAAAUAUUAUUCCGUAGAAUUUGAUAUGAACUUUUCUUGUGGCUUUUACAAAAACGAUGACAAUAUUUUGUUUGAAGGCCUGGACAUAUACGCAGAUAAUAGUGGCUGUAGAACAGUGGUAGGUACUGCGAAGGAUACCCAUGGGGGUACUGCAGCUGAAGCAAGAGAUGAUCAUAAGAACAUCAACAAAAGGGAUGAUAGUAAAUUAAACAAUGAUAAUGACGGUGAUAGGAAUAGUGCCCAUACAUGUGUCCGUACUAAUGGUCUUAAUUGUAGCUGUACUAGUGGCCUUAAUAGUAGGAGAUGCGGAAAAGACAAUGACCAUUUGUUAUUAUACAGUGGUGGACGGAAAAAGGGAGGAGUAAAAAGUUGCGAAGCCAAACAGUGGUACUAUAAAAAGAAGGAUGAAUCAAAAAGAGAAGAUUGUUGUGUGAGUGAAAAAAGUAAAGGAACGAAUGUUUUCGAAGAAACAGGGAGAGUAAGAUAUAACAUAAGUAAUUAUCAUAACAACAGUGAUGAUAGGCUUUCUUUAGAACAAAAGAAUUUUGAGAUAAUGAAUGAACUGAGAACAGAAGAGACCAUUUUUAUAAAUAAUGAAGAUUAUAUAAAGAAGGAUAGAAAAAUGUGUUAUGACAUUCUGUACAAAGAACAACCAUAUAAGGCUUUGUUGCUGAAAGAUAGGCUUCAUUUGAGUUCGUCUGAUGAAAUGGGCAGUAAUGAUAGAAUGGGCAAUAAUGAUAGAAUGGACAGUAAUGAUAGAAUGGACAGUAAUGGUAAAAUGGGCAAUAAUGAUAGAAUGGACAGUAAUGGUAAAAUGGGCAAUAAUGAUAGAAUGGACAGUAAUGGUAAAAUGGGCAAUAAUGAUAGAAUGGACAGUAAUGGUAAAAUGGGCAAUAAUGAUAGAAUGGACAAUAAUGGUAAAAUGGGCAGUCUUGGUAAAAUGGUCAAUCAUGGUAAAAUGGAAAGUUAUGGCAAAACGUGUAAUCGUGAUGAUGAGAGAUACAGAGGCUGGAAAAGAAGUGCUAUAAUAAGAACGACAUCAGACUCUGCCAUUAGCCGAAUUGUCAAUGCAUACUGUUCAACAAAUGAUUUGGACUCUCCCAAGUCCGCCCAUCUUGGCACCGUUGAGGUGAGUAAAAAAGUAGGAAUGUUGAAUUGUGACGUAGCAAAUACAAAAAAAGAGAACCCAAUGGUUGAUAAUUAUUUUUCGGAGAAGGGGAAAUCUAUAUGUAUACCGAAGGAGAUAUUAAAUAUUACUUCAUUGCUAAGUAGUGGUGGCUUAUCAAGUUUUAAUAUAAAAGACAUGAAUAAAGUAAAUUUUUUUUAUGGUUAUAAUAAUACUAAAAAAGAUUUUUAUAAUUACUGUUAUUCUUAUCUAAUUCGUAUUCGUGAUGGGUUUGAUAUAAUACCCAUGGAAGGUUUUAAGUUUAGAAGUAUUAUAAUCGACGGGGCAAAUGUUUGUGCCAGAGUAAUAAAUAAUAGUACAAUUUUGUCCAAUUCAUUUAGUUGUAAUGACAAUGCAACAGUAGUAUAUGACUGCUAUUUGUUACAAGAAAUAUAUUUAUUUUUUAAAAAAAAAAAUGCAGAAGAUAUUUUAAUAGUCUUAAAUUCUGUGACUCAAAAAGGGGAUGAAUUCUUUUUAGGAAAUAAAAAGCUGUUCAAUUAUUCCUAUCUUGAAAACUUAAUAAAGUUAAAUGUUGUACUAAUAAGCAACGAGAAGUUUUACCACAGUCGUAAGGGGAACAUCGUUCGCAGGAGGACCUACGACGAUGUCCUCAUUUUAGAGGUCGCGGCGCACAGAAAAGGAUGUGUUAUAUCAAACGACAAUUUCAAGGACGUCGAAAAGCUCAAGUCGCACAAGGAUAUAAAAAAUAUUAUAUCAUAUUACGUUAUAAAGCAUAGUUAUGACAAAAAUAAAGGUUUCUGUUUGGAUUUAACAAAAAAACCAUUGAAAUUUAUUUUAAAUUCUUUAUUUCAAAAAAUUACAUAA